CGCGGCCGCCGAGCCCAUGAAUUGGGAUACAAAAAGCUUCCACCGCUCUCUUCCCCCCAAACAAAGAUCAAACUAGACGACUCGAGCACAAAACAAACAAAAAAAAACAACGUCCCGCAAUUGAACCACGCCUUCUGUAGCUUUCAUUCUUCGACAAACAAAAGACAGAUCUCGUCACAAAACCACCCCCAAAACAAAAACUCCAACUACAUACAUACAAACAAACAAAAAUGGCCUGCUCCGCAUCCCUCGCCGGCCCCGUCGUCGCCAACGGCCCCGGCAGCGCCGCGUCUUCCACCGCCUCGUCCAUCAUCAAGCCGGGCGGCGGCUCUGGGCAGACCAAAUGCCUCGAGUGCGACGGCGUCUCGUGCUGCUGCAUCCCGAUCCCGUGCGUCAUUAUGUGAUGGAUGCUUUUUGAUCAAAGUUGGUUUUGGAAAGUGACGGAAUCGGGGCGUCUCUCAAUUUGGUCUUGCCUUUGUUUCGGCUCACCUCAUUUACGGGAGACAUGGGUAGCCAUUCCCAUCCUUUUUUUCUUGUUUUAAGGGGAAAAUGUAUCUGCUCCUUGACAGACGGCCUUUUGACUUUUCUGUUAUCACAAGAAAACAACGCAUCGCAUCCAUAUCUCAUCCUUUAUCCCAUAGAAGAACCCAAAUAAACGCCUAAUGAUAUGCUCAACCCAACGCCAUUUAUUGCGAGAGAAGAAAGAAAAAAAGA